AUGAUAGGUAAAUGUGAACAUAACCUCGAUAAUCUAGCAGACAGCGGCUGCGCGAUUCAUUCGUAAUAUGGCUUCGGCGGAUGCGGACUGUUUUUAACAGACUUAUUGUAAUUUAAAGAGUAUUUUUUAUUAACUUUGAAGAUUAUGUCGAUAAGUAGAAUCUCAAAAUUAGCUAUAGAAGUAGCCAGCUAUGAGGCUCGUAUUACAUACAAAUGUUCCUACGCUGUCAUUCGUUCAGCAAAGAAAAUUGUCACAUCAAUAUCUGGACAAGGGGUAAAAAGUCAGUUAACCUCUGGAAAUCCAAAUCCAAUUGAAGGAAGAGAAAGUUCAUGGAGGUCUUAUGUGCGCAGAUGGCAAUGGAAGAUACCUCUUGGACUUGGAUUCUCUUUCUUAGCUGUAUUACAAUGGAGAUAUUUUAGAAAAAGACACGAAAUAAACAAAGGUCCAAUAGAAGGAUUAAUGGUAGAAUGUUAUUGUUGCUUACCUUUAAGAAUAACUAGCCGAGUUUGGGGAGGCUUUGCUAAUUUACAAUUGCCAGUCUCUCUGCGUGCUACAAUCUAUAGUUUUUAUGCUAAAAUCUUUAAAGCAAAUUUAGAUGAAAUAGAUGCUGCCUUGACUGAGUUUCCAAGUCUUUCAGAUUUUUUUGUCAGACCAUUAAAGCCUGAUGCUAGAACCAUUGCCGAAAAUACAAAUAUGGUAUCUCCAUCUGAUGGAAAAGUGUUACACUUUGGUCCUGUGACAUCUUGCAAAGUAGAGCAAGUCAAAGGCAUGACCUAUAAUCUGCAACAUUUCUUAGGUGAACCAAAUUGGCCAAAAAUCGACAAAAAUAGUACUAGUACUAUACAGAAAGGCGUGUGCGACGAUUAUGUUUCCAGUUUGCUGAAGAAUCCUGAAAAUGUAUUGUACCAAUUGACAAUUUAUUUAGCACCAGGCGAUUAUCACAGAUUCCAUAGUCCUGCUGAUUGGUCAAUAAAGUUACGUAGACAUUUUCAAGGUAAACUGCUUAGCGUUAAUCCUAGAAUUGCUAGUUGGAUUCCUGAUUUGUUCUCGCUUAACGAACGUGUAGUUUAUAUCGGCGAGUGGACUGGUGGUUUCAUGGCAUACGCAGCCGUAGGCGCAACGAACGUCGGUUCAAUUCGCGUGUACAAAGAUCAAAAUCUCGUCACAAAUACGAAAAAAUGGCCAAGAGGCAAAAAUUCAGAGGAUACAGUAUUUAAUGAUUUAAAAGUAGAGAAAGGCGAAUUGUUUGGUGAAUUCAGAAUGGGUUCGACGAUCGUUAUGCUUUUUGAAGCUCCAAAAGACUUCCAAUUCUGCACCGAGGUAGGGCAGAAAAUUAAGGUUGGUCAAGGUUUAACGGAAUUCAAGGUAAAAGAAAGAAGAUUUUGGCAAUGAAAUUGUUUCCUCUUUUAUACAAAAGUAAUUUUUAAAACUGAAAUUGAUGUUUUUGAGGCAGGUAUUGCGAUUUCGUAUUACUAUGUGAACUGAUGGUAUAUUUUUUUCAUAUAUAUGUCGAUAUAAUUGUAAAUGUAUAUUUUGAUCUUAUCUGAUAAAAAACCUAUAUACGUAUACGCGGAGAAUCUAAUCUAUAAGCACAUAGUUUUUGUAAGCUGUCGCCAUGUUAUGCAAAAUUUAUAUUUCGCUAAUGCGUUUUCAUUUUUUGUAAAAUAAAUAUUCUAUUACUAAAAACACUACUGCGAAAGCGUAUACAUCACAUUAUCACUCAUUCUUUAUCACUAUUAAAUUCUAUUAUCGCUAAAAUAUGGCGUUCCCCGUCAGAACAAUUUCGAACGACGAAUUUUCGAUAAAUAUAAUUUCUCACUUCGCCGAUACACAACACUUAUUUGCGCACAACGAGAAAAAACGAAAACGUCAUAGUAAUUCUUAUCGGACCCGCCCACUACUUUUUACGUCGAAAAGUCGUACAAACAAAACCAUUAAACUAUCCAUAUUCCGCACCAAAACUGUUAAAUCGAUCAAGCCGCAAGACACUCGGAAAAAAAAGAAUAUAAAGCAAUUAUUCUUUGCGGGACCGUCGGCCUAAUUAAAGCGUCAUUGUCGGAAAUCACGAAAGCUUAGUGCGUGUACGAUGUUUCCUCUUAACUGCUAUGUUUUGAAUUGACAUAACAUGGUGUGAUGUUCAUUAUAGAAAUAUCAAGGUUUUUUGCUAUGCCUUAUCGCGAAUCAGAGUAAUUUUAAGUAUAAAAGUAGUAAAUUGCAUGUAAAUUAAAGGAUAAGCGUAUAAUACGAGUGCGAUAAGCUUAAAACGGCGUUCAAAAAAUUAUUGUUUUAGGUACACAAUUGUUAUGGUUUACACAAACACAGAGAAAGAGAGAAACGGUUAUUGAUUACUAACUCGAUAAUUGUAAGUCCCGUUACUCGUCAUAAGACGUUUUAUUUUCUGCAUGUGUAAAAGUUUGUGAAAUUAUACGUUGAAGUCCACGGAAAAAUUAUUUUAUAAUGAGAGGGAGAUGGAUUAGUCGAAAGCGCAAGUCUCAGUUAUUUAUAAGUCUUAUUUGAAAAAUGUAAAUUUGAAAAAUAAAUAUACAAUAAAUGAAUCUGCAUAAAUAUAAAAAAAUGAAGACGGUUAUGAAAGGUUAUUUGAAUAUAUAUUUAUUAAUAUUAAUUGUUAAAUUAAGUGUAAGGAAUACAGUAAUUCAAAAAGUAAAGCAACUUCUAGAAAGUGAUAAAUUUUCAUAGAAAGUAAUAAGCAAGUAAAGGUGGUGAAAACACAAUAUUAUUCCCUGGCUGAACAAAUAAAGACCUAACUAAAGCUUUACAAAACAGUUUCAAACAAUUAUCUCAACCUUGACCACAAAAAUGAGACAAAUUUCUUUUCGAUACUCCGUGCGCAAAGUGCGUCUUUUCUGCACACUCGGUAGAAAACGUGCGUUGAAAAUCACACUUUCCACACGUCGUAUAAAAAAAUACGGUACGAUACAUGUUCAGGAAAGAGUUUCUCGUCUCGUGUACCUUUUCACCCUCGCCUCGCUCGGGUGUAAACGCCACACGAGACAAGAAUCUACUUUCCCGCACUUGUAUCGUAAUGUACUAUUCCGCACUUGUCAUCCUCCCUUCCCCACAUACAAAAAUACACACACACACACAUACACAAAUAAAUCAAAUCCACCGAUGUCAUCGCUUUUCCGCGCUGAGAUAUAUCAAAGCUCCCACAGAGCUGUGCUCGUAAGCGUAUUUCAUUCAGCACUUAUACACAUGUGACACGCGACGCCAAUCCAAGGUCUGUAGCUUAUUAGAUACCUCGGGAUUUAUCGGCUGUUUGUAUGUGCCGUGAUCACUUAUUCUGAAUAUUUUAGAACGUUAGCGGGACUGAUAAAGAUGAUAAGAGUUAUAUUUGUGUAAUGCUUGUUCUACGCGAUUUAGCUUCCAUUGAUGUAUCUUCGUUUAUUCCGAAAAAUAUAAAAAAUUGAGCGAGACAACAAGCAUCAAGUACUUUCAUUGAGAUAUUUCUUGUGUUUCUUGUGAAAAAGAAUUAUGUCUUUCAACUAAUCUUAAUGUAGUCAAAGACAAUCCGAAAAUGGAAGCACCGACAUUUAAUUAAAAAUCUGCGAGUGUGAAAUUCAUACAACUCAUGGCAGGGCAGCGCCGAGCGAUUCCAAGAUAAUACAUUCUCGUCGGCUCUAGGUUUGACAAUCAGCAAAUCGUACGAAGCGUACGGCGAACAAACGACCGCACAGCACUCCAAAGGAUUCGAACACCGCGGUUACUCCAUAAUAAUGCACCACGCGCGCAUUUACACCGAAUAUAAAAGCAUCGCUAAAGAUGCAUUGUCGAGCAGAAUUGUCGAUAAUUUCUAUAGACUGCUCACGAUUUGUCAUACAUAACAAGAAAUUAUGUGUAGUGAGCCUCGCGCGGACGAAUCCCCUGGUGCGAAAUUUCUCUUUCGAAUAGCUUCAUGAAGGAUUAUCCUUUAACAAAAUUCCGUUUGCGUAAUUAUGACAAGCUUUUCUUAAAAGCUGCGCUGCGUAUUUCUUGCACGAUACAUUCU